CCUGAAUUUACAGUUGCACACCAAUCUAUUUUAAAUGGCGCUAAAUUCGAAUUAGAAUAAAUUUUUAGAUUCUACUUUGUGUUACACAAAUUAGCGGGUUAUGAUUUUUAAUUCAUGUCGGGAUAGACUUUUUGCUUAUUUACCUUUUAAUUCAAAAUUGAUCUUGGUGAAACAUUAUUUAAGGUUAUGUAAUGAAACCCAGAUAAAUGUAAACAAUUCUCACGUGUUGUUCCUUGGAGGUGCAGCGAAAUGGCUUCAGUUGUAUCAGUACUUAGUAAAACCCCAAAUUUACUAAAAGAAUUGACAAGAGUCCUACCCAGUGUGACUUUUCACGAAGUUCAAGAUCCAGAACAUGAUACCCAAUUCAAACAGUCUGCAGUACUAGUCUGUGAUUUCGAUUUAGUAGGAAAAUACUUGUAUGACCUUCCCAACACCAAAUGGAUGCAAGGGACAUGGGCAGGAGUUGACAAAAUUAUGCCCUUAUUUCAAAACAAACCUUUGCCCUACCAAAUAACAAGGUUUACUGGAGACCAUUUUGGUAGAAUCAUGGGUGAAUACGUUGUUGCCAAUAUCGUAAACCACGAACGGGAUUUGUGUGAAUUGAGGGAUUAUCAGCGGAAAAAGCAGUGGCACAAAGAGGGGAAAAUUUGCGAUUAUCGUGUAAUUUCGGAUUUGACAAUAGGGGUAUUAGGUUUAGGCAACAUUGGCAGCAGAAUUGGGAAAAUAUUGAAUAUGCUGGGGGCUAGAAUUCUCGCAUUAGGUAGACGACCAGCUCUACCAGCAGGGGACGAUUACUCUCAUGUUUCAAGAUAUCACACCAAAGAAACACUACCGUCUCUUUUAAAAGAGUGUGAUUAUAUUAUCAGUGUAUUACCUUCAACGAGGGAAACUAAUGGCUUGUUGGAUAACGAUAUCUUAAAAAAUUGUUCAGAUAAGAAAAGUGUGUUAAUAAAUAUAGGCCGAAGCAAUACACUCUCUGAAAAUUCACUGAUAAAAGCAAUUCAAAACAAGAUAACAAUCACACCACAUGUAUCAGGAAUGAGUCGAGCUAAGGACAUCGCAGAGCAAUUUUCUAACAACUACAACUUGUACAUAAAUCAACAACCACUGCCGGCAGUUGUAGAUAUAACAAGAGGAUACUAGACUUUAGUGAACAGUAACUUUAUUCCAUAUAAAUUAAAAAAUGACACUAUAUACAAAAUAAAUACAAAAUAAAGAAUAGAUUAUGUAUACUGACAAUUACUGAAAACUGAGGCCGUAUUUUUGUGUCACUU